GACUCCUCCCCAGCAAUCGCACACCGGAUCAGGAAGUCGGACAUGUUUCUGCAGUAGAGCAGUAGUUGAGCACGUGUUCGCGUUGGACUCAAAAUGAAGAGACCGAAAUUGAAGAAGGCAAGUAAACGGUUAUCAUGUGCCAAGCGUUACAAAAUCCAAAAAAAGGUUCGCGAACACAACAGGAAGCUACGGAAAGUGGCAAAGAAGAAAGGAGCAAAACGUGCUAAGAAAGAUCUUGGAGUACCUAACAACGCUCCUUUUAAAGAAGACAUUCUGAAGGAGGCCGAGCAGAGGAAGCUAAAGCUUGAAGAACUUAAAGAGAAACAGAAGCUUACCAAAAAGAAGGAGCGUGAGAAGAAAAGAAAACUAGAAGUUGCCAGUAAUGACCCAGAUGUCCCAGUUAAAAAAAGCAAAAGGGAGGCCCCCGGGAAACUCACAAAAGGCAAAGACAGAAAUUCCAGAAAGGUUUUGUGCAGAGAGCUGAACAAGGUCAUCGAUGCUUCAGAUGUAAUUUUGGAAGUUCUGGAUGCCAGAGAUCCCAUGGGGUGUCGAUGCCCACAGCUGGAAGAAAACGUUUUAAAGCAUGAAGGGAAGAAGCAGCUUCUCCUCGUGCUGAAUAAAAUCGAUCUGGUACCGAAAGAUAAUGUGGAGAAAUGGCUGCAGUGUCUACAGCUUGAGUUUCCUACUGUAGCCUUCAAGUCAUCAACUCGGGUUCAGGACAAAACCGUGCAGGAAAAGAAGAAAAGAGCUGACAAUGGAGUAACUGAUCUAACUAGAGGGGUCACUUGUGUGGGGAACACCUGCCUGCUACAGCUUCUUGAAGACUAUUGUCAAACACACAAGCAGGGGAACACAGUGAAAGUUGGCAUUGUUGGCUUUCCAAACGUGGGAAAAAGCAGCCUGAUCAACAGUAUGAGGGGAGUACCUGUUUGCAAUGUGGGAGUACAAAGAGGGAUUACAAAGUGCAUGCAGGAGGUGCACAUCAGUAAUCAUGUCAAGAUGAUUGACAGCCCUGGUAUCAUCGUGGCUCCGUCUAGCUGUACAGCAGCUGUGGCACUGAGAGGCCUGUCAGAGACUCACCAGCUACAAAAUCCACAAGAUGCGGUCGCAUCCCUACUGAAGAACUGCAAUAAACAGCAGAUAAUGCUUCAAUAUACAGUCCCUGACUUCAGGAACUCCCUGGAAUUUUUGACAUGUUUUGCAAAGAAAAGAGGUUUUUUGCAGAAAGGUGGUAUUCCAGACAUGGAGAAAGCUGCUGCAACAUUUUUGAGUGAUUGGACUGGGGCUAAACUUAGCUACCACUCUAAACCACCAGAAGAAUACAAACUUCCCUUUUACCUCUCUGACACAGUUGUGGCAAUGAUGCAGAAGUCCUGGGAAAGGGACAAGCUGCAGAAAGGGAACAUGGCAACCAUUGCUGGUGUGAAAUGUCCCACUUUGGCCAGCAGUGUAGUGUACCUCUCCCCAGGAGCCACAUCCGGACUUGUAAAUGAGAGUGAUCUGGGAGAGAAGGAGGACUUUGAGCUGUAUGGGGAGGAAGAGGAGCUUGAAUUCAUUGACAUUGUUCCUCAACCCAAGAAGAGCUUGAAGGAGAAAAAAGAAAGUGGAAAAUUGCAAGCAAAGACUUUGACUAAAUCAAACAAAAAAGCAAUCGGAGUUCCUUCACAACAGCAGUUGCCACAGAUUCCUGUUCAGGUGGACAUUUCUACAGCAAAGCAAGAUGAUGAUAUGUAUGACUUUAAUAUAGAUUUUAACUGAAUUUACAUUUAACUCUUAUAAGCCUCUUCAGUUAUGUGCUGAUGCUUGUGAAUGAAAGACUGACUAAGUUUUAAUUGUGUGAUGUAUCAUGCAAUUCUGAUCCUAACAAUAGAAUCUGUACAUAUACUGCAUCAAUGCUUGUACAUAAAAGUGUAAAAUAUAAUGGCAUUCAAAAUCUCGUGUUUUACAAGUUAUACGAGUGGUCUUCCAUUGUAAUACAUUUAGAAAAUAUCUUAACAUCUGUUUUUUAUUUACUUGAAAAUAAAGCAAUUUAAAACCUAA